AUGACACCGACCAUUCAACCUUAUCCGACCUCCCCGCUAGGGCCUGAAGAACUCGCUCAUAAUCCCCGAACCAGUUCGGCAACUCAAGAUCGAGGCAGAAGCGUAUUAAAGCAAGCACCACCACCGUAUUCGCCUCAAACACCCAGACAGACGAGAAUGGGUGCCGCAAUCGCUUUUCCAGCCCUCGCGGUGACUUUGGCCAGCUUCGUGCUCUUGCUAUUGGUCACCUUGUCAGUUCCGAUUAUCGAAAGUAUCUACCUCUUCAAGAUCUACGUCGACGUCGACUCACUCAAGGACCUGAUCUCCACAGGAGAGAUUCGUACCGGUGUUUUCGGAUAUUGUUCGACCGGGAUCGCUUCUGUCACUGUCGAUGCGCUUAGUCUUCUCGGCACCCAGGUCGUCGGACCGAUCGGCUGCACCCGUCGAAGACUAGGUUAUGACAUUCCUAACAGUCUCGUCGAUACAUUAAACGAGGUGCCAGGAAUCGAAAUCUCCAACAUCAAUGGCGCUGUCAUCAGAAAAUUGACCUACGUUUUGGUUCUAUACCCAAUCGCUACCGGCCUUACUGGUGGGGUGCUGGUGUGCACGUUCAUCGCCUGGUUCUUCCGGAGCCGAAUCGCCGAGAUCGUCGCAUUCCUCAUUUCAUGGUUGGCCGCUUUCGUCGCUUGGCUCGCCUUCUUCAUCGCCAUAGCCGCGUUCACUAUUGCGAAGCGCCGCAUCGACAACGCCACAGACGGUGCGCUGAAGGGAAGCCUCGGAAAUGCCAUCUGGAUGACUCUCGCUGCAGCUAUACUCUUGUCCUUUACCAUCUGCCUCACCUGCUGUGGGAUGUUUGGACCUUACCGCAAAAAGGCCAGGACUGAUACGAAUGACAGGCAACGGGCACUUCAACCGAUACAAGCUACUGGGAGGCGUCGACAUUUCUGGAAUAUCGCCGAGAAGCGUCAAGACAUGUUGGACCGACAACGUACAAGUGCCGCGGAACCGACCGCACCAGGUGCUCCGGUGCAUCCCCAUCAGGCCAUACAUCCCUGAUAGCAGGCCAUCCGUCAACCCAUCCAGUCUUGGACACACAGAAUCGCUCGGAGAUCGCUCGCUCCUUCUUUAACCUUCAGUCGCG